AUGGCGAGAACAAGUAGGGGCAGGCAAAGGGUUGAGAUGGCAAAGAUAGAGAACAAGAGCCAUCUUGAAGUCACGUUCUCUAAGCGCCGCGCCGGACUUUUCAAGAAGGCCAGUGAGCUUUCCACCUAUUGCGGCGCUGAUGUUGGUAUUAUUGCUUUCUCGCCGUCGGAGAAGGUUUUCUCGUUCGGCCACCCCAGUGUGGAAGCGGUGGUGGAGAGGGUUCUCGGCGAGAACAACCCUGCGCCGCCGGUUAACGAGACCGGCGGCAGGGUGUUGGCGGCGACGGAGCAGUUUAUUAAGGAUCACCGGAAUGCAAGGGUCCAGGAGCUCAACAUGGAGCUGACGCGGCUGGAAGCCAUAUUUGAGCUUGAGAAGAAGAGGGGCAAGGCCAUUGAUGGAGUUGUGGAGGCGAAUCGUGAAGCUCAUGGAUGGCUGAGAGAUUCUUACGAUGAUCUUAGCUUCCAGCAGCUUGUAACUCUGAAAUCUGGGUUGGAAAAUCUAAUGAAAGAAAUUCACCAGAAAGCUCAUCAUCAGCUUAUGGCGGUGUACGGAAAUGGCACGCCAUUUAACACAUAUGCAAGUGGCUUCUUACGUAAUCGCACAUUCCCUUGUCUUAUUACUAUUGUUGGGCUUUGGAUGUUUUAA